CUCCCUUCUGUUCUCUAUAUAUACACACGUUUGCCUCCAAUUCCACUCUUCAAACCAAUUUCCCAAUUUUCAAUUCAAACCCUUGUUCAUAUAUCAUAACUUCCAAUGGGUGAGAAAGAUGAUACCAAGAAAGAAGCUGCCGAAAAGAAACCGGCCGAUGCCGGAGGUGCAAAAAAACCUGAUGCCGGUCCGGUCACGGUUGUUCUUAAACUUGACUUGCAUUGUGAAGGAUGUGCCAAAAAAAUUAAAAAAUCCAUCAGCCAAUUUGAAGGUGUGGAAAGUGUGAGGGCGGAUACGGCGGGGAACAAGCUAACGGUAACGGGGAAAGUGGACCCCACGCGUGUCAAAGAGCGAGUUGAGUUCAAAACCAAGAAGAAGGUUGAUAUUCUCUCUCCUCAGCCCAAAAAAGAUGGUGCCGAAGAGAAAAAAAAGGACACCCCACCGGAAAAGAAAGCCGAUGAUAAAAAAGACGAUGAAAAAAAGGCCGAAAAACCCAAAGAGCCGCAGUCGAGUUCGGUGGUUUUGAAGAUUCCGUUGCAUUGUGACGGAUGCAUACAUAAAAUAAAACGCACAAUUUCAAAAAUUGAUGGAGUGGAGUCUGUGAUGCCGGAUGCCGGCAAGGAUUUAGUGACGGUGAAAGGGACAAUGAAUCUGAAAGAGCUUGUACCGCAGUUAAAAGAAAAAUUCAAGAGAAAAGUCGAUAUUGUCCCUCCUAAAAAAGAGGAGAAAGGUGGUGAAAACAAAGAUGAGAAGAAAGAGAAAGAAGGUGGCGGCGAAAAGAAAGAAAAGGAAGGUGGCGGAGGUGGUGAAAAGAAAGAAAAGGAAGGGGGUGGCGGUGAUGGGAAGGCGGCAGGUGGCGGUGAUGCUAAGGCGGCUGGUGGUGGUGGCGGCGGCGAAGAGAAAAAGAAAGGCAUUGAGGUGGUUAAUAAAUUUGAAUAUCAUGGACAAAAUCCGUAUACAUAUACGGUGCCAACGUACAAUCCGAAUUACUACAAUCAAGAUUACGGGUAUGGGGCUUCAUCGUCGUCUAGCAAUGGCUAUGUAUACCAGGGUUAUAACCACCAAGGUUAUAACCACGGGUACGCCAUGGGAUAUUCGAAUGCACCACCACCACUACCUCCGCCUCCUAUGUAUAUCAACGACCCUCAAGGGUAUCAACCUGAUAACGGAAUGUUUAGCGACGAGAAUCCUAAUGCUUGUUCACUUAUGUAAAUAUACUUUAAGAUAUUAACACAACUGGUUAAACCGUUGGUUAAACGUUAGGUUUGUUUUAUUAUUUUACUUUGUAAUUAUAAAGUAUUGUUAGAUAAUCCAAUUUUGUGCAAAAUAAUGUAAACAUUAUCGCAAACAAAGAAAUGAGAAAUGGUCCAUCUUAUUAUAAUA